UUCAAACCGUAACGAUUUGGUUUCAUAUAAAUAAAACACACAUGUGAUUUUCGACAGGUUUUGUGAUUUUGCAACUCUCAGUUCCAAUGGCGGAAUCGAAAGAGUCAUCAAGAAAACGUGAAAAGACUAUGCUCGAUCAAGAACCUUCCUGUUCCAACCUAAUAUCACAGUUUGAUGAUUUCUUCAUUGAUGAUUCUAAAAAGGUUGGGGAAAAGCGCGGUAGAGUUAAAGCUGAUGCAAAUGUCGAUAAGCUGCCAAAAGAGAUUCGUCCUCCUUCUCAAUGGUUUUCGGUUUACAAUGCAAGGAAACCUAUGAAACAAAGAUAUCAUUACAAUCUGAAUGAUGAAAUAUUAUUGCAACAUUUUGAGAAAGGGAUUUCAGAUAAGCUUCGUAUCAGUUGUGUAUCAUGUUGUUCUAAUCUAUGGGCAAUUAUCAUGGAUGCUGAAACUGAUUAUACUGAUCAAAUUUGCAAGUUAUCACCACUGUUUUUACCCAAGAAAUGGAUCCUGGAGCAAUGGAAUAAGAACUUCUUUAUUACUUCUUUUGCAGGCUCCGAGACUAGAAACUCUCUUCUGGUGAUGUCAAAAGGUGUGAUGUAUACUCAACAAUCUUACAAAGUAAGCAGAUCUUUCCCCUACAUAUGGAUAAACAAGAAGUGGAAAGAAGAUUUUCACGUCACCUCGAUGGGUACCGCUGGAAACCGCUGGUGUAUUGUUAUGUCUCGCAAUGCUGGAUUCAGUGAUCAGGUGGUGGAACUUGAUUUCCUGUAUCCGAGUGAAGUAAUCCAAAGACGUCUGGAUGAGGGUUAUAUGAUUACAGCAACGGCAGCUUCAUUGGCUCAAUCUGCAGUUAUAUUAAGUAUCCCGAGCAACAAGCCCGGUGAUGAAAAUGAAACUCAGGAAACUCUAGUUACACCUAAGUUUCCCAGUGCUCAUGUUAAGGAAAAAUGGCCAAAAAACCUUUAUCUUUCCCAUUUGUGCAAUGGGCCUACAGUAUGCUGAUCUCCCUUCAUCACCAUUGUGCUUCCGCUUUUAUCCUUUUGUUUGCGUGCUUAAAGAAAACUACGCCAGCAGUACUAUCAAUCAGUAUCAUUAUGGAUUUCCAGAAUUAUAUCGGUUGUGAAUGCGCAAUACAUUGGACAAUUAAUACAAUGCUUGAUGAGUUCUUGUCUCACAGGAAUCAAUUUUUUUUAAGGACUCUUAUGACUAGGAGGAGAAUUUAAUUUCCAUAGAUUUUUCUCUUGUUGAUUGGAAGUAUUAGGAUUUGCUAAAAGGUCCAAUUUCUAAUACUAUAGUAUUCUGAUCUAACACUAUAACAAAUGGCUAUUACUCAUUCACAUAA